AUGAGGCUAAUGUUAGGGACAAACAACCAGAUCCAGGUAAAAAUUGGGAGUAUUAGCCAUGUUACCUGGAUGAGAACGAAGAAGAAGACUCCUGGAAGUGACUCAAAGAUACAGAAGAAACCAACUCAGGAAAUCUUCUGUAAACUGAACAUACUUUUACAGGCUGUGAAGCAGAAGGGCAUCCUCUUACUUUCCAUUACUUACUUUAGGAUGUCAAACUUGGGACAAUUUGACUCUGAUUUUUACCAAUCUAAUUAUACCAUUGAUAAUCAGGAGCAGAGUCGUAAUGAUUCUAAUGCCUAUGAAAAUCUUUAUGGAUCUAGAAAACAACAAGCCAGUGAGCAGCCUCAGCCUGCCUUUGUCCCACCAGAGAUGCUCAUGCCAUCAGGUUACGCCGGACAAUUUUUUCAGCCAGGAUCCAACCUGGAGUAUUAUUCACAAUCUCCUUACAGUGACAAUUUUGAUGAAGAGCCUCCUUUGCUAGAAGAACUUGGAAUUAAUUUUGAUCACAUAUGGCAAAAAACUUUGACAGUGUUAAACCCACUGAAGGCAGCAGAUGGCAGCAUUAUGAAUGAAACCGACCUAGCUGGGCCCAUCCUGUUCUGCAUUGCACUGGGAGCCACCCUGCUUCUGGCAGGAAAAGUUCAGUUUGGUUAUGUGUAUGGCAUGAGUGCCAUUGGCUGCCUAGGGAUUUGCGCUUUACUAAACUUGAUGAGCUCUUCAGGGGUGUCCUAUGGCUGCGUGGCAAGUGUACUGGGUUACUGCCUACUGCCCAUGGUCAUCCUGUCCAGCUGUGCCAUCUUCUUUUCACUGCAGGGCACAAUUGGAACUGUGUCAGCACUGAUCAUCAUUGGCUGGUGUAGUCUCUCAGCUUCCAAAAUCUUCAUUUCAGCCUUGGACAUGGAAGGACAACAGCUUCUCAUUGCCUAUCCUUGUGCCUUACUUUAUGGACUUUUUGCCCUCCUAACUGUUUUCUGAAGAGUAUUGGAGAUGGAGUUACAAGAUUUUAUUUGUUUGCUGUUCAGAUUAUCCUGGAAAUGUAUUAGCGUUCAAAUUCAAUAAUACGAUUUCUGUUUUAUUGCUAUUGAGAGAAUAACAGCAGAAAGAGAAAAUAGCACUUAAGGCUAAUGCUUUAAUAGCAUGCUUGGUUUGAAUGAUGUUUUGCUUUUCAGUUUGGUGCCUUAAACAGUUAAACAUACUUUAAAAUAAAAGGGAUAAAACUGUAUUAAUUGACCCUGCUUUUCUCAAUAGAUGUAUUUCUUAGGAAGUGUAAGUGAGUAAAAUCAUAUGCUGACUGGAUGCAUAAUUAGCUUUACAAGAUAACUUCAUGGUAGCUUAAGCUGUAUGCACAUGGUUCAAGUCACACAGUCCAAUACCUUCGGAAAAUUGCAAUAGUGCCUUAUAUAGGGUUUUAUUUACCUGAGAUUCAAAUAACCUCCUGUCUUUCAAUUCACUUACUUUAGCAACUGUUCUUUGAUCUUAUUCGGACAAUGCAUUAACUCACCACAUUUUUAAGCCCUCACUUCCUUCUUACUUGGUUUAGAUGCCAUGGUCCAUUGCUAUAAUUU